CCAACUGUAUCACAUCAUAAUUCAUAUGCUUCAAUGUCGUUGGUCCGUCCUACCAUACUGACCGUCGGAUCCCAGAUUCUCCUACUCCUGCCGCUCCCCUCCGGAUCUGUCUCCUCUCUGUUUCCACCAUCGAUAAUCUUUCACUGUUGAAACUCAGCCCAACAUACAAAGCCGCCCCCCAGAGCUUCCGGCCCGUCCAUUUAUGUUUCAGAGAUUGAAUCGAAUUUCAUACGAUUUAUGAACAUGUAAUAUAAGCUGGUGGUGAAAAUUGAAAUGAAUCUGCAGAAUAUGGAUGUGGGGUGUCUUCUUCGGUGAGCGGAAAAUCCAUACAUUGUGAAACUGUUAUAUAUAGAUAUUAAAUCUUUAAUAUAUUUGGAGCGUAAUGGCUGGGAUCGCUGGUAUACAUGACCUUCUAGGCAGUGAUGAUGGGGUUUCUGAUGAGGAAACCGUUGAAAACUCUGGAGAACUUGAAGCCACGGAAGAUGGGCUAUUGCAGCAUUGUUUAAACAGUGUUUCGAAUGAUCAUUUGAGUCAAAUAGAACCUUCACGAGGAGAUUUAACUGUGGAAAGCUUGGAACCAUAUAUUGGGAUGGCUUUUCCAUCGUUGGAUGAUGCAAGGGAUUUCUAUUAUGACUAUGCCAAGCAGAUGGGUUUCACCAUUAGAACAAAUCGGAUCAGACACUCACUAAAGAACACGGCUAUAAUAGGGAGGGACUUUGUUUGUUCAAGAGAAGGAUUCCGUGCUGCAAAGCAUACACUUAGAAAAGACAGGGUUCUUCCUCCGAAGCCAAUUACGCGAGAAGGGUGCAAAGCGAUGAUCAGGCUAGCCGCAAGGGAUGGAGGUAAAUGGGUUGUUACCAAAUUCGUGCGAGAGCACAACCACAAGCUGAUGGCUCUUUGUAAACUAUCUGGUGAACUGCCUAUCAUAAAUAUACUUAGUGAGGAAGAGAAGGAUAAGAAGAUCCAGGAUCUAUAUGAUGAGCUUCAGCAUGAAAGAGAGCGAUCUUCAGCAUUCCGACAACAGCUAUGCUUGAUUCUCGAAGAUAUUGAGGAACAUGCUCAAUUUAUGUCCUUAAGAGUUGAAGACAUUGUUAAUAGCAUGAAAGAAAUUGAACUCGGAAAUAAAUAGUUUCAAGCCACUGACAAUGAGUUUUUGAAAACCAUAAUUUUUGACCCGUUUGCCAACCUAGAUGUUUAGAUUCCGUCUUGUGAGUCGUACUGCCUGAAAUUUCGUACCGAUCUUUUGAUUGUAAUAUGAAAGAAGAAAUACAUUGCUGGGGUCCUGGCAAAACGAAGAAAGGAAAAAGAAAAACAUGUUGACUCUC